AUGUAUUCCGAGUGGGCCUCACUGUAUCCGAUCAUUGCGGAAAACAUUACCAACGCACAAACGCAAAGUGUGCUUGGCAAAUUUAGCAUCGUCGGUGGUCGUGAUGUAGCAGCGGUGGUUAUAAAACAACUGGCAGGCACACUAGGCAUCACGAACAAUGCAGAACCGAGCAAUCUUCACACGGACCAAGAGGUCCAAUGGUGUAUGGAUGUGAUAUGUCACGGAUUAUCGCUACCGCUGUCCGAGCACGACAUCAUCAAGGAUGGUGUAAACAUCUACUGCGAGUGGAUCAGUGCGGUGCUGCCCCAGACCAAGAUCAGUGUCCCACGACCAAUUAUCGAUGAUCCGAACACAUAUGUUCGGAAAAUAAUCAAACAUUUGUACAAUCUCUUUGUGCCUCGCCCUGGAGAAGUCUGGCCUUUCAUUUACAAAGAGGAACUAGGUUCGGAUACUAUCAAUCGGCAGGCCGUCCUGUGCCAUCGUGUGCUGCGAACCCUGCAAGACACUGCACAAAACUCACAAAUACUCACGGUGGAAACAUGGGAAGCACUGUUGCUCUUUCUGUUAGCCAUCAAUGACAUUUUGCUGGCCCCACCGAUCGUGAAGGAUGAUGUGGGUGAUCAGCUGUGCGAACGUGUGCUGAGCGUUCUGUUUGAAGUGUGGCUGUUGGCCUGCAGCAGAUGCUUCCCUUCACCGUCCUUGUGGAAAACGUUUCAGGAAUCAUGUGCCGCCUGGCGUCACCGUAUCGCACUCGUCGAACAAUGGAACCGAGUGAAUCUGGGACUGACGGCAAAACUGCUGGAGUUUACGUAUGGUCCAGCGUUUCCGGAAAUGAAAAUCGCUGACGAAGACGCGCACCUGGUCCCAGAUGGUAUGACCAACGAUGGAAUUGCCCAAGCUUGGAUACGCUUCCUCAAGAUUCUCGGAGCACCAACGGACCUGUGCUGCCCGCAGGUGAUCAGUCGUACACCACAGUUUGUGCAAGCCGUGCUACUUAACGCCGAUGGAAUUGAACCACAGCACCAUCCCUGUUUGCUGAAUCUCCCUCAGAUCUUUCUCAAGACGUUGAAAGGAAUUGCCGGAUUAGUAGACGCUUUUCUCGGCAUAGCCCAGUUUAGAAUGGACGAGAAUAAUCUUCUAGAGAACUUCAAUCAGCUGACAUUCACCAGCGCUGGUGGUGGAAUGCAUACGAGUAGUGGAUCGGUCAUUAGCUUUAGACAUUCGGGUGGCGAGAUCAAAUCGAGCGCCCUGCGAGCAAGCGGUGGCCUAGGGGGGCUUGGUCUCGGAGCCGCAUUAGGCGUUGUCGGGUCGGGCAGCAGUUCGACUGCUGGAGCAAUGGGUACUGUUUCUGGCGUCGUUCCCGGUGGUGGUGGUGGUGGUAGUUGCGGUAGUGGCUCUGGUUGCAUAAACAAUGUUAAUAUAAUAGGCUGUAGUUCGAAUGGCGCUAGCACCGGAAUACUGAACAGUGGCAAUGGUGGUGGAAGCGGUGCCGGUGCUGGGUUUGGUUUUUCAUGCGAUGUAUCCGCAGCGAGUCAGGCGGAAGGUUCCGGGUUUUGCAAUAGCAAAUCAUCGUCGUUAUUCAUCGCUGACGCUAACGGAACGGCUAACUCUCCAACACCUCCGCUACAGCGCCGGCUGGCGAAGAGCUUCAGUGUUUCGCCAUCGCUGCCGUCAGCACAUGCCGUCAUCUCGAUGGCGCAAGCUAAGGGAUUUACCAAAGGUUCGUUUAGUGGGCUUACUAGCAGCCGUAGUUCGUCUACCCAUCCAAACAAUGCGCCACAAUCGGCGUCCCUACCGUCGACUGGAUUUUCAUCAAUGCUUUCGCUGUGUCAGGAGAAUCGUUAUCCGUUAGCUGCGAACCGUCCCAGAUGUAAUAGCAUUCUGCAUCUCUUCGGCGAGUGGCUCUUCGAUGCGGCUCACAUAGGAGGUGAUACGUGGAUGCAGAAUACUAAAAAGCGUGCUGCCGAAGCAAAACGCCGUCCAUCCUCCAUGAUCAUGGACAAUCGCAAGGGUAGCCUGUCGCAACCACCUUCCUUGUCCGAGGUAAACGAUGUUGCACCCGGUCUCACCAUCGACAAGUACGAGUCGGGCAAGGCCGAAGCGCUGGGCGCUUUGUGUCGCAUAUUUUGUGCGAAGAAAACGGGCGAAGAAAUACUCCCGGUGUACUUGGCACGCUUUUAUAUGGCACUGCACCAAGGUUUGAAGACCAACGAUAACCGGGAGUGUAUGGAAACACUUGCCAGCAUACUGUACAACUCGUCGGACCUGUUUCGCAUUGACCUGGAAGGCAUACAGGUCCUACUGCCUGCGUUCAUUGGCGCGUUGGAGCUUAUUUUGCCGGAAAAGGAUCUAAAGAUGAGAUCACCAAACGUGGUCAUUAACAAAACCGAACUGCGCCGGGCGGCUAUCAACAUUCUGCUGUCCACGUUGGCCCUUCCGUUACACUUCCAGACGCUUCCCAUUCGCGACAUUAUGGGUGGACCGAAUGAUAGAAGUAUAACUUUCAUUCACCUGAAACCACGGCUUAUAAACAUUCUCAUGAACGCGUUGCAGGUGGAAACAGAUCCACAAAACACGCACAUGCUGCUGGGCGGGUUGCAUCUGUGCGUUCAGGAUGCUGUCACGUUUGAAGAGACGGAAAAGGGUUCCGCCGAAGUAUUGCACUCGUUGCACCCGACUGCUGAAACUUCCAAUUUGCUUAGCUCGGCCUGCUCCGAGAAGAGUGCCUACUCGAUGAACAGCGCCAAUUCCAGCAUCGGUGGACACAGUACCGCAACACUUAGCAAUGAACCUUCUAGUUUGCCGGCUUUUGAUGAUUUCUCAUCCGACAUUAUUCAUGAGUUAGAAUUGAGUUCAUCUGCAAUUUAUGAUAGCGCCCAUGCGUUGUUUGUGCGAGCGACUUACCUCGUGUGUCACCGCUUGAUAUCGUCGUGGAAAACCGACCUCAACGUGUCCCUGGCAGCUUUGGAACUGCUGACUGGUUUGGCAGGAAUGCACGUGAAAGAUUCAGAUGUGUUGGAAUGUAAGCGAGCUGUUAAGUGGAUUUGCGACUACAUUUGCUACCAAUGUUCGAGACCACCGCCAGCACACAUUAAGGAUCUUCACAGCACGAUCGUGGCCGCGUUCCAGUGCACCUCCGCCUGGUUGAUGAACCAUCCGUACCUGCUGCAGGAUAAGGAAUGUCUAACGAUUGUGCUGGAGGUGGUUGAGCUCGGUAUAUCCGGUUCGAAGAGUGUCGGCAAACCGGGUGAACCGGUCAAGCAUAAGGACGAGAAAGAGCUCAAACCGGCUAGCAUGCGGGUGCGGGAUGCGGCAGAAAAUAUGCUAACCAUGAUACUGGAACAGAUCGAUUACUUCCCGAACGAGUGUGGCAAACAAUCGCUUUCGUCACUGUUGGAUGAAGUGGUGCUGGCCAAACAUUCCAACACCUCCGGCGAACAUGUCGGCGAAUUGCCCCAAGAGCAAGCGAUCAAAAAGUUUAAAUAUUUCGUGACGGAAAACUCUACCGUGCUGGCGUUGUUUGAAGAACCGCUUGGUAACGAUCAGGAUCCCCAACCGACGGUUACAAUUCUUAUCCGCGGGCCGUUCGGUCGGCAUGCCUGGACGAUGCAAUUGCGCCAUCUGUCGAGAAGUAAAUCGGGUACAAAGUAUCAUGCGCCCAAUCCUGGCCGACCGGUGCCUAUGAACGAUAUAAUGAUGCGCCAGGAACUGGAGUAUAAGUAUUUCCCCGAUUCAGUGGAUCGUAUUCCUCCGUGCGUAGUGGAUUACUCAAUCCCGACACUGGAUUCAGCGGAGCAAAAGAUAGGCAACCAGUCCACCAAACAGCUGGCCCGCUUGGUGGAGCAGCAGGUCGGGUAUGAAAAGCUCUCGUGGGCUGAAACGGAAUGUUCCGUCGAUGGGCUGGGACAUGCACAGGAAGCAUCACCACCCGCCGUCUGUCACGAGUUCCAAGCAGCUAGGCUGUUUCUGUCCCACUUUGGCUUUCUUACGAUCGGGCAAAACAAUGGAAGUGAACAGAAACUGGACGGCAGCGCACCCCUGUUAACAACGCUUGAUUCAUCCAAACCGGAGUUUUGUCAAGAUUUGAAAAUGUUGGAUAAAAUGUCACCCCGAUCUUGUGACACAAUACACGUGUUUUACGUGAAAGCCGGCCAAAGCACAGAGGCAGAAAUUAUCGGCAAUAUGGAACCGGAUAAUUUACCGUCCAUUGAUGCUCAUUUCUGGAGAAUGCUGUAUACGAUCGGGUGGCCAGUAACCGUCCAGGAGCACGCCGGUUGGACCGGUUUCGUCGGCAAUAGUUGGAAGAUACCGCGUGAGAAUAAAUCAUGUCCGCAGCCGACCGAUGAACAGAAAGGUCGAUCCCCAGAGGAGUGGCAACUGAAUGGUGAAAAAACGGUCCUCUACUGGGCGGACGUAUCCUCGGAGAUGGCAAUUGUGGUGCCGAACCGAAACAACAAAGUCGACGUUACCGUGGAGGAUGCGACCGACGGUAACGGUUGCCCAUCGACAACCUACGAGCGUAGCGUGAGCGAAAUUCAACCCCGUUCGUCGUCCGUUUCUACCAACCAACCGCGACAGUUCUCACUGGACGGUGAAUCCGCUCGGCUCGGAUCAAUUAGCAAAUCGGCCGAUCCGAUUCCACCCAUGCGCCGUAGAACGGGUGCGUCCAAACCCAGCACGCUGUACACUGCACCGACGGCCAAGAUUUUGCUCGUGUGGUUGGAAAGCUUUGAGGAUCAUCUUACGUUUCCGGUGGAUCAUCUGUUGCACUACACCCGGGCGGGAUAUUCCGCGCAGCACGGUGCCGUCGGUGUAACGACUUCGAGUGAAUGUUUCAUCAUAUACCUGCAUGCCCUGUCGUCCAGUUUGCUGCGCGUUAAACUCCAAGGCCCGGUCGGGCGUAUGAACUUUGCCAUUCCGCUGAUAGACGGAAUGGUCGUCAGUAAACGGGUGAUCGGUUCGCUUAUCCGCCAAACAGCCUGUAACAUGGCAAAGCGAAAGCGUUUGGACAAUGAUUCCUACCAACCGCCACACGUUCGACGCCGCAUCAAGAUACAGGAAGUCAUGCACAAGUACAAGAAAGAUCUGACCGAAGCAGAGAUGCUGGCCGAUUUGUUUAAGCCGUCAAUAUAA